AUGACCCGCAAAACUGAAGACAGCACCGCAUUCACGGCCGCUAUUAAGACAGCAGCCGACAAUAUCGGUACCGUCAGAACGCUGAUACCUACAGCUACGAUAGAGAUUCUAGACCUGGACGGAGUCUCCACUGAAUCUUACGUCCGUGAUGCACUUGGGCGAGACUUCACGGCAAACCUUGAAAUCAAGCGAGUCAACCUAACUAAAGUUACCCAACGAGGUCAAAGAGCGGCUUUUUGCGAGAUUGACGAGACCAAUGCGGUCAAGGCCCUCAAUAAGGCUCGCAUAAAGGUUGGGUGGGUUAGCUACCGCGUACGGCCGGUAGCGAAAGUGGUACGCUGUGCCAGAUGUCUCGGGUAUGGGCACGCGAUGCACUCCUGCAAGGGGCCAGGCCGCAGCAAGUGCUGCUUUAAAUGCGCAGGAGAAAGUCGCAAGGCAGCCGACUGCAUCGAGCAACCGAAGUGCUUUCUAUGUCCGAAUGACGUUAAGGACAGCCUGUGGCGUAUUCCUGGCUCCGGAGCUUGUAAAGCGUUCCGCGCAGCCCUAGCUGAAGCGAUAAGGGCACAAAAAUGA